CUUUCAAUCUUAGAUUAUUUCUUUCCAAAUUGUUCUAUUAAGCAGCCUUGGGUUUUUUUUCCCAAGGUUCCCCAUUAAACCUUGAGUUAAAAAAUAAAAAAAAACAAUGGAGAAGCCUUUAGGUACCUUUUUCAUCCUCCUCCUUAUCUCCCCCAUCGUUGUUGCGACCAUCAACGAGGAAGCUUCGUUCCCAGAAAACGCUCAUCUCACAAAUGACUUAGACCAAAAAUGCGUUGACAUCAUUAAAGUUGAUCCGAGCCUCAAAUUUGAAAAUGACCGUCUAAAAAGAGCUUACAUUGCUCUUCAAGCCUGGAAGAAAGCUAUAUAUUCCGACCCGUUUAAAACCACAAAAAACUGGGUCGGACCCGAUGUGUGUUCUUACAACGGAGUUUAUUGUGCGGAAGCUCUUGAUGAUCCCAGCCUCAAGGUUGUUGCUGGUGUUGAUUUGAACCAUGCGGAUAUUGCCGGACAUUUACCAGCAGAGCUAGGUCUUAUUACCGAUCUAGCUAUGUUUCACAUCAACUCGAAUCGGUUUUGUGGGAUUAUCCCCAAAAGUUUUUCAAAACUCGCGUUGAUGUAUGAGUUUGACGUUAGCAAUAAUCGGUUUGUUGGUUCGUUUCCGGAAGUUUCGCUCUCGUGGCCGUCUUUGAAGUUCCUCGAUCUAAGGUACAACGAGUUCGAAGGAUGUUUGCCGUCAGAAAUAUUUGAUAAAAAUCUUGACGCCAUUUUUUUGAAUAAUAACCGGUUUGAAUCGGUUAUCCCCGACACGAUUGGUAAAUCGGCUGCUUCGGUUGUGACAUUUGCAAACAAUAAAUUCAGUGGGUGUAUACCGAGAUCGAUCGGUCAGAUGAAAAAUCUGAACGAGGUUAUUUUCACUGGAAACAAUUUAACCGGUUGUUUCCCGAACGAGAUCGGUUCUCUUAAUAAUGUGACAGUUUUUGAUGCGAGCAAUAACGGGUUUGUUGGUAGUUUACCGUUGACCUUGUCCAGUUUAUCAAGCGUUGAGCAGUUGGAUUUGUCCAAUAAUAAGUUAACUGGAUCUGUUGUCGACACAUUUUGCAAACUGCCAAAUUUGGAAAGCUUCAAGUUUUCUUACAAUUAUUUCAAUGGAGAAGCUGAGAGCUGUGUUCCUGGGAAGAACAAUGGGAAACAAUUUGAUGACAGGAGUAAUUGCUUGAAGAACAGACCGAACCAGAAAUCUGUUAAUCAGUGUGUACCGGUGGUUAGUCGUCCUUUGGAUUGUAGCAAGGACAAAUGUUCUGGCGGUAGUCAAGGUGGAUCUCCACCUUCAAUAAAGACCCAAGAAAUUAUUCCACCAAAACCGAAAGAACUUGUUAUACCAAACCCUGAAGAAUCACCUAAACCGGAAUCACAAAACCCAUUAAGACCUGAAACACCAACAACUAAUGUACAACCUAUGCCUGAGCAUGAGCCACCAAAACAUGAAUCUCCUAAACCGGAAAAUCAGACAAACAAACCUGAACUACCAGAACCAGAAGAGACACCUAAACCACAACCACCUAAAUCUGAAGAAUCUCCUAAACCAGAACAACCAAAAAUUAAUCCACCAGAACAAAAAGAAUCACCAAAACCUGAACCACCACAAAAUUCAGAGACUCCUGAACCAGUUUCACCACCAAAGGAAGAUCCAUAUAAUGCAUCUCCGGUUAAAAACCGUCGUCCGCCACCACCACCACCACCCAAGGUAAAAGAAAUACAGGUACCACCACCUCAACCACCAAUGCCAUCUUCGCCACCACCUCCUGCACCUGUUAAUUCUCCACCUCCGCCAGUUGCCUCUCCUCCGCCUCCAUCACCACCUCCACCAGUUAACUCUCCUCCUCCACCACUCAUUUUCUCUCCGCCACCACCAUCACCAGUAUACUCACCACCGCCUCCACCAAUUUUCUCACCACCACCAGCACAUAUAAUAAUUCAACCACCAAUCCAAGCUCCAACACCCGUUCAAGCCCCAUCAUCAGAAUCGGAUCAAUCACCUGUUUCGUCACCAAUCCAAAGUCCAACACCGAUUCAGUCCCCAACCCAAGUACCAACCCCAUCAUCGGUAUUAGAUCAACCAACAAUUGAUGCUCAAUCACCAGGUCAAACCGCACCACCAUUAAAUGAACCGGCCUCAUCACCAAAAGAAGCAGAAGAAAUUGAUGCGCCAGAACCAUCACUCUCUACGCCCUCAUCGUCGCCUUCUCCAUCCGAAAAUGUUGCCCCACCACCGGAAAACAACGACAGCAAUUUUAAUAUACCACCACAUAUUGGAUUUGAAUAUGGGUCUCCUCCACCGCCGAUGUUUCCUGGCUACUAAGAAAACUAUUUGGGACUGUAUUACAAAAAAUUUAGCAUUUUUAUCCAUUUUUCAUGCUAGUUUAAUUGUAACAAAAGAUUUUUGAAAAAAAAUGCCAGUUACAGUUGAGC